AGACAAACUAAGAAUCAGACACACAGAGAUGGAGAAACACUGUCGUAACUGGACUCUUGUCCUGGUGCUGUGUGGCCUCCUGCCACUGGCUACUCAGGCUGGCAGGCAGAUGCCAAAACUCUCCGACAAGAAGCUAUGCGCCGAUUCAGAGUGUAGCCAUCCCAUUCUCAUCGCUAGAGCUCUGCAGGAUUAUUACCCGCAAGACUGUCGCUUCAUUCACAUCCAGCAAGGCCAGUCUGUCUAUGUGUAUGCCAUGCUGAAAGACCGUGGGAACCUCUUCUGGGCUGGAAGUGUUCAAGGGUCGUAUUAUGGAGAGCAGGAGGCGCGUCUGGGAUUCUUCCCCAGCAGUGUUGUUGAAGAGACACAUGCUUUAAUGCCUGCUGAGGUUGAGGUCAAGACUGACAAAUGGGACUUCUACUGCUAUUAGGAUUGUGUGAUGCUUCACCUGGAAUAUGAUUAUUGAUUCCACUCUGCACUUUAUAGUGUGUCACUACUACAUUUAUUAUCGCUACGCUACUCAACUCUUCAGAUAAGGGAAACAUACAGAACAGUAACUGUAGACUGUAUAUGCUUAUUGAUGCAAUAGUUUGAAUAAAACUGAGAUGCUGCUUCUCAUG